AUGCUCGGGGCUGGGGGACCCGGCCCGGCCAUGAGCGCCCACCUGGCCACGCCGUCCUACACGUCCUACCCCGGUGCGGCCAGGUAUGGCGACUACUACUGGUUCUCCGCAGGCAGCAUGGACGGCGGGCCCGCCGAGGAGGCUCCGGCGCCGGACAUCCUCCCCUUGCCCGCGAACAAGACGCCCAGUCCCUCAGUUGAUUCUCCAGCUUCUUCCAGCUCUGGGACGCUCACCCAGUACUACACCCCCGACUCCGCCACGAGCCCCACCGCAGCACUGAGCCUGCCCGCCCCCGCCUCUUCGCAGAAGGUCAAGGCUCAAGGCAAGGGUGUGGUGAAGUCGGGCAAGAGCCGCACAGCCUUCUCGCAGGAUCAGCUGAARGCCCUACACCAGCGCUUCCAGAGCCAGAAGUACCUCAGCCCCCAGCAGAUCCGGGAGCUGGCUGCUGCGCUUGACCUCACCUACAAACAGGUGAAAACAUGGUUUCAGAAUCAACGGAUGAAAUUUAAGCGUUGCCAAAAGGAAAGCCAGUGGAUGGAAAAAGGGAUGUAUCUAUCACAGCAUGGGGUUCAUCAGGCUGCCUACCUGGAUAUAGCACCCACGUUUCACCAGGGCUUCCCUGUCGGCGCCGACAGAAACCUUCAGGCUGUGCCCACCAUGCACCAGUGUUAUGGCAGCGGACAGACUUACGGGAAUGGGCAGAACCUGUACUCAUUCAUGUCUGUGGAGGAUGAGGUGCUCUUUGAAAAAGGUGGGACAAGCUGCAAUAACCAGCAAACCAUGGGUUUAUUAAACCAGCAAAUGAACUUAUAUCACAGCUACUUUGACAGUACAGAUUACAUCAGCGUGGAAGUAGAAGGUACCUUCAACUUCCAGAGCACCUCUGACAGUGGCACACCCUUCCCGAGCUCUCCUAUACAGAAUCAAUGCCAGGUAGCUUGGCAUCCCAUGGGGACCCAGAGUGGCUUUUGAGCCUCACAUUUAAGCAUUUUUUUUCCCCAUGUCUUGUGCUCGCCCGUGGUAUUUCCAGGGUCUUGACUCAGGGACAUACAGAUUCUAUUCGUUUUUCUGCCCCUCCUCCACUACUCUUGUUUUAACCUCGAGAGUGGCUCAGCACCCUGCUGCCUGGGGCUAGUUUUCUGUUUAAGUGUGCCUGUCUGUUCACAGCUAACCCUUGGCAAAGAUGCUUCGGGUAUCCGUGAGAUGGAACCUCAUUCAUUGAGGCCAGUGUGCAAUGUCACAGCUGUGAGCAGCAGAAGUUGUUAAAGUCUCUUUGUUGUUCGAGUUUCACCUUCUUUUGCUGCUUCUUUAGCAGGUGAUCUCUGAUCCUUGCCCUGUGUGUCUUGCAGCAGAGGUUCCACUGCAAAGGAGGUGAAUAUUUGUUGUUGCAGAAUUGUUUUUCAUAAAGUGUGGUGUUCUUUGUUGUUGCGUUUUUUGCAGUGUUACCAAGCAUAUUUAAUGUUAUG